AUGACAUCGAUAGGCACGGGUUACGAUCUCGCCAACUCAAUCUUCUCCCCAGACGGCCGCAACUUCCAGGUCGAAUAUGCCGUCAAGGCGGUAGAGAACGGCGGCACAUCGGUGGGCAUCCGGUGCAAGGACGGCGUCGUCCUUGUCGUCGAGAAGGUCGUUACAUCCAAGCUCGCCAAGCCGGGCGCCAACAAGAGAAUCGCCACGAUUGACAGACAUCUGGGUGCUGUAUACUCUGGCAUGAUUCCUGAUGGCCGACACUUCGUUGACCGCGCUCGCGACGAGGCACGCGCCUGGAGAGAAACGUUCAAGACACCCAUCUCGACAUCCGACCUGGCCAGCCGCAUGGGCGGCUACCUCCAAGCAUACACACUCUACCAGUCCGUACGUCCCUUCGGUAUCACAGCGAUUGUCGGUGGUUUCGACUCAGAGCUCGACGCAGCCGUCGAUGGUGAGGUCGGCUCAGGCCCUUCCACAGGUGCUGGCGGCAAGGUGCCAGGCAAGUUUGGCGGUCCCGGUCUGUACAUGAUCGAGCCCAGUGGCAUGUACUGGGGCUACUACGGCGCGGCCACAGGCAAAGGACGACAGGCCGCCAAGGCCGAGCUGGAGAAGCUCGAUCUGGCUUCAGGCAAGCUCGACCUGUUGCAGGGUGUGAAGGAGGCCGCCCGCAUCAUCUAUGUCGCGCAGCAGGACAACAAGGAUAAGGAGUUUGAGCUCGAGAUGAGCUGGAUCAGCAAUGCCGAUGGCCCCACGAAAGGUCGGCACGUCGAGGUGCCAAAGGACAUUCUCGAGGAGGCUGAGCGGUUAGCGAAGAAGGCCAUCUCGGAUGACGACAGCGAUGAGGAGGACGAGGAUGAGGAAGAUGAGGACGAGGAGAAGAUGGAGGAAUAG